GUGCGAAAGCGCGGGAGUUAGCCAAAACAAUCGCGUAAGGCAUGGGACCAAAACCAACCCCUUCCAAGCAAGGAAACACGCUUUUCUCCUAUUUUAGCAAAAGCCCAAGCAUUAAUAAGAGUAGUGGAUCUGUAAGCGAUACAAGUGAAAUAUUGUCACCGAAGCGAUCGCCGAAUUUGAAGGACAAAGCUAAUGCCAACUCAACUCCAAAACAAACUGCGAAGUCAUCAAAAUCGAAUGAUGAGCUAGUUAAAGAAUAUGAGUUAGGAGAUUUGCUUUGGUCUAAACUUGAGGGCUAUCCAUGGUGGCCAAGCCUGGUUUGUAACCAUCCAACAGAGAACACGCAUGUCAAAGGAGGAAAAAAUGCUCAAGUGCAUGUACAGUUUUUUGAUGACCCUGUGUCAAGGUCCUGGGUGAAGGUUAAAAAUGUUCGUUCAUACAUAGGAUCAGAUGACAAGGAAUGCCAAAAGGGGGGAACUUUCUUUUCCAUGAACAUGUUGGUAAGAAAGGCUGGAGACGAGGCAGACAAAGCAAUGAAAAUGAAUGUGGAAGAUCGUCUAAAACUAGUUGUGAAUUUAUUACCAUCAGAUAAUGAGGACGAUGAGAUGGAUUUUGAUCCGGACAUAUUUGAUGCAGAAAUGGAAGAAGGAGAAUCUAACAACAGUAAAGAAAACAAAGAUAUAGAACAGUCUAAAACUACACCUAAGAAAACGCCAAAGAAAUCUCCACGCAAAGGCAGACGGUCUGCUAGACAACCAAAACUUAAAAGACGAAGGAUAAUAGAAAGUAAAAAUAGUUCUGAUGAAGAUUCAGGAGAUGAGUUUAAACCAGGUUCAGACAGUAGUGGUGAAGAAGAUGACAGCAGUGGUGUCGAUGAAAAUGAUGUAUCUGAUAUUGACCACGAAUCGGAAAUAGAUUCUCCUGUCAAGAAUGAAAACAGGAAACGUAAGCGUCCUCCACCUAAACAAAAGAUCAGUGAUACUCCUUCAAGCUUAACUCCAUCUGCCAAUAGAAAUUCAUUUACGCCAAGUGUUGGAGACAAAACCAAGUCAAGGCUAUCAAUGUUUUCUGCCAGUGAUUCGGGUCCGAGUGUUACUGGAUCAUCAGAACAAGAAGCCAACUUUCCACAUGUAAAAUUACCUUUCUUACAACCAGGCAAAAUUUUAGACAUUAAGGGUCACCCAGAAUCUGACCCAGAUUAUGAUCCUAGAACAGUUUCUAUACCAGAUACUUUUCUGAAACAACAAACACCAGGUAUGAGACAGUGGUGGGAGAUGAAAUCUAAAUAUUAUGAUACCAUUCUAUUUUUUAAAAUGGGUAAAUUUUAUGAAUUGUUCCACAUGGAUGCUGUAGUUGGAGUUAAUGAACUUGGAAUAAUAUACAUGAAGGGUGAACAAGCUCAUUCAGGCUUUCCAGAAAUAGCAUACACAAGAUAUGCCUCUACUUUGCUUCAGAAAGGAUACAAGGUUGCUAGAAUAGAACAAACUGAAACACCGGAUAUGAUGAAUGAUAGACUGAAAACCAUGUCUAGAAUGGCCACAAAGUUUGACAAAGUAGUAAGGCGUGAAGUAUGCCGUGUGACCACUAAAGGAACACAGACAUUUAGUUUUCUGGAUGGUGAUGCAACAGAGGCUAAAAGUAACUUCUUACUUGGUAUUGCUGAAAAGGAAGAUUCCUCUGAAGGUUGCAGUACAUAUGGUGUUUGUUUUGUUGACACUUCUAUAGGCAAAUUUCAUGUAGGACAGUUUACAGAUGAUAGAUAUUCCUCAAGACUCAGGACAUUGAUUGCUCAUUAUACACCUGUUCAGGUAUUGUUGGAAAGAGGGAAAAGUUCACAGAAAACCAAUCAACUGAUCAACAACAAUCUAAUUUCUGUCACUAAAGAGUUUUUGGCACCAGGAUCAGAAUUCUGGGAGAGUGGCAAGACAUUGAAACGUUUAGCUGAGGAAGAUUAUUUUAGUUCAGAGGAUGAAUUAGUAUGGCCUGAUACAAUAAAGAAAAUGAUCUCAGACAGUGAUAGUUUAGGUUUAACUGCCGCAGAUGAAUAUAACCUUGCCGUCAGAGCUCUUGGUUCAGUCACAUGGUAUUUACAGUUUUGUUUACUUGAUACUGAUUUGUUGACAAUGAAGAAUUUUGAAGAGUACACUCCCCUUGAUGACAAUGUGAUAAAAACCAGAUCAACUAUUUUUACUGGCAAACAGCACAUGGUUUUAGAUGGUGUAACAUUGGCCAAUCUAGAUGUAACAGAGAACUCGUCUAAUGGAACCCUUGAAGGCACACUUUUACAAAGACUGGAUCAGUGUUCUACACCAUUUGGGAGAAGAUUACUAAAGCAGUGGCUGUGUGCUCCUUUGUGUAAUCCUGAAUCGAUCAAUGACAGAUUAAAUGGUGUUGAAGAUUUAAUGGAAUCUCAAGAUAUUGUAGCAGAAGUUGUAGAAAUGAUGAAGAAAAUUCCUGAUCUGGAAAGAAUAUUAAAUAGAAUCCACAGUUUAGGUUUAUCUAAGAAGAAGAAUCAUCCUGAUAGUAGAGCUAUCUUUUUUGAUGAAGCUAAAUACAGUAAGAAAAAGAUUGAAGAGUUCCUUUCCACAUUGGAAGGUUUCAAAACAUCAUAUAAUAUUGCAUUAAAGUUCAAAGAAAGAGUCAAAUCAUUUAAGUCUAAGCUGUUACAGAAAACUUUGACUUUGGUCAGUGUUCAAGGACAAAACGGUGUCUUCCCAGAUUUAAAAGAUGAAAUAGUAUUCUUUGAGAAUGCCUUUGAUCAUAACAAAGCCAAGAAAGAUGGUGUAAUAGUACCCAAUAAAGGUGUUGAUCCUGAUUAUGACAAAGCUAAGCUUGAUAUCAAAAUGACGGAGAGAAAAUUUGAUAAAUACCUUGAUGAACAGAGAGACAGAAUUAGUUGCAGGCAAAUGGUGUUUUGGGGAUCAGGUAAGAACAGAUAUCAAUUGGAAAUUCCAGAGAGUGCUCUGAAGCGAGUGCCAGAUGAAUAUGACUUGAAGUCCUCUAAAAAGGGUUGGAAAAGAUACUGGACGUCAGACAUUCAGGACAUGUUAGCCGAGCUUGUAGAAGCAGAAGACAGGAAGGAUGUAGCUCAAAGGGAUUGUAUGAGAAGAAUUUUUGAGAGUUUUGAUGAGAGAUAUAAAAUAUGGGAUACAACAGUACAAUGUGUGGCAGUAUUAGAUGUUUUGGUUGCCAUGGCACAGUAUAGUAGGUGUGGCGAUGGAAUCAUGUGUAGGCCAGAGGUCAUUGCCAUAGAAUCAAAUCGAGAACCUUAUAUAGAAAUCCGAGAAGCCAGACAUCCCUGUGUUGUUAGAACGUUUGGUGGCGGGGAUUUUAUACCUAACGAUACAAUUAUAGGUAUUGCAGAUGAAAAUGAUAUGGAGACAGAUGCAGAAGAUCAUUCAAGUAGUAAGGUUGUCUUGGUAACGGGGCCCAAUAUGGGAGGAAAGUCCACAUUGAUGAGACAAGUAGGACUGAUCACUAUAAUAGCACAGAUGGGUUGCUAUGUACCGGCAGAGAAAUGUCGUAUGACACCAGUGGAUAGGGUGUUCACAAGGCUUGGUGCUAGUGACAGAAUUAUGGCAGGUGAAAGUACAUUCUUUGUUGAGUUGAGUGAGACAGCUGCCAUUCUGCAGCAUGCUACCAAACAUUCCUUAGUAUUAAUGGAUGAAUUAGGAAGAGGAACAGCUACUUAUGAUGGUACAGCCAUUGCUUGUUCUGUAGUACAAGAACUUUCCAGAAAUAUAGCUUGUCGGACAUUAUUUUCUACCCACUAUCAUUCAUUGGUUGAGGAAUUUUCACAUGAUCCUAAUAUCAGACUUGGUCAUAUGUCUUGUAUGGUAGAAAAUGAGGAUAAGGAUCCAACACAUGAGACCAUUACAUUCCUGUACAAGUUCACAAAAGGGGCCUGUCCAAAAAGUUAUGGCUUCAAUGCUGCUAAAUUGGCAAACAUUCCAGAUGAGAUCAUUAGAAUAGCAGUAAAGAAGUCCAGGGAGUUUGAGGAGUCAAUAGAGAGAUUGAGAAUGAUCAGGUCUGUAUGGAACAAUGGAAAGAAAGAAUCAUUAAUACUCCUGCAGAAUCAAAGCAGGGUAUCCUGAAUUAACCCUGUCAAAGAAAGAAGUGAUGGUCUAUCUAAAAAAAGUUUCAGGAAGAUGAAUUGUAUUUUUAGUGCAGUCAGUGACAUUUGUACAGAUUUGAAAUAUCUAAUUGGAAAGUUUCUCUUCAAUGAAAUGAGUUAUUUAAUAUUAGUGAUGUUUGAUGGUAGAUAUACCAUCAUCAAAAAAUUGUGAGAGACUUAGAUUUGAUCAAAUGUAAAGAAGAGUUUAGUGACCCAUUAGAAGAACUAACUCCACCAUUGUGUUCACAUUGACUAGGUUCUACUGUAUGUACUAAUAUCAUUUCACAGUUUGUUGAUGUAAAGUGACCAAUGAGAAGAAUUAGCUAUGUUGUGUUAACUGGUUUCAACUGUAUAAAGUGAUAUCAUCUCAUCGGUUUGUUGAUAUAAAUUGUUAUGACUGUGAAUGAAGAAUAUUGACAUCUGUCUGUUUUAUUUUACCUGCAUGUAAAAAAAUCUUUAAAGGAUCAAAAUUGAAUGGCAAAAUGUCAGAUAAUACUGAACAUAUCCUCUGCUCCAAUGUCAGUCCCAAUGUCCUGCUCUUCACUCAGGUAUAAACAAACAUAUCUCAUUAAUUUGUUGAUUUUGUAUUCUUCUAAAUGUCAUGUAAUAUUUGUCUCUGGACAUAGGACAAACAGCAAUCAUUUAGUUAAAUGAUGAAUUUAAUUAGUUUGAUGGAUUAGAAGUUAGUUUGUGCUGAUACACUGAAAAGUUCACUUAAAUUGAGGGAUAUAUUGAUGUUUGUAUUCUACAAAUAUGUCUUAUAUUGUCAAUAUACAUGUUCAUUUAAUAUCCCAUAGUGCUUAUAUAUUCAUUUAAUUUCCCAUAGUGCUUUUAUUUUCAUUAAAUUUCACAUAGUGCUUAUAUGUUAUAUCAUGUUAACAUUAAACCAAUAUGAAAUCA